AUGGAUUCAAUUCCUGUCUCACCUGAUAGUGAUAGAGAUUGGUCUGAGCUCCCACUGUCUGCAAUCUUCAUGAAACUUUGGACUGUUGAGAUUCUAAUGGGUGCAAGCUUUGUGUGUCACUCAUGGCUGGAGGCUUCAAAGUCACCUGAACUGUGGCGUUUUGUGGACAUGACACGCCACAAGGUGAUUCUCUCAAAGAGAACAGGCAUACUGUGUGCGAUGGCAAAAGUGGCAAUAGAUCCCUCUGAUGGGCAGAUGGAGUCGUUCUGGGCUCGGAAGUUUGUUAGUUGUGAUCUCUUCUAUUACAUCAUGAGAAGGGCCAGUACAUUGAAGAGCAUUCGACUCAUCGCAUGCACGUUUGUUCAGCAGCGACCGUUGGCUAUGCUUGCUGCGAAGUGUCCACUUCUAGAGGAGAUAGAGUGCUCGCACCAUACAAUAUUAGCACCAACGAUUAGAAACGAUUUGAUACCACGAGGUACCAAUGUCUCGAGAUAUAAAAGGAAGGAUGGGAGUAAAACUUUGGAUUUUUUUAAGAUACCCUUCGGUGCAUACGAGCCAUCCAUUAAGGCUAAUCCAAUGGCUGAAGUAGGUUAA